CAAUCUUUAUCUGUGUCUAAAGCAAGGCAACUCUAAUCGCUGAACUGCUUUAUUUUUUCGUUCAUUGAAAAGAAAAUUAUUUGUAGAUUGAUUAAACAAGAAGGCAAGAUGUCAGCCUUAAUUUCCCAAGUAAUUCGUCGUCAAAUUGCUCUAAGUGCUCCUAAAUUGUCGGGCACAGCCGCCACUGCCGGCGAGCAUUCAGGUGGCCAUAAAGUAUGGAAGCGUUUGUCCUUCUUUGUAGCCUUUCCUGCCAUUGGAUUGUGCAUGUUAAAUGCGUACUUGGCGCAUCAAGAGCACGCGCAUCAUGCUCGUCCCCCAUUCGUGAAAUAUGAUUAUUUGGCUAGACGUGAGAAAAGAUUCCCCUGGGGCGAUGGUACGAAAUCAUUGUUCCAUAAUCCACAUACCAAUGCCUUGCCUGAUGGCUAUGAGACUUAAAUACGUUGAUUGGCCGGGUUUUAUUGAACACGAAGUAGGAUACAAUCACAGUCAUUCAGUUGUAGUAUAAAAAAUGGGCUAAAAUAAAAUGCAACAAAAUGAACCU